AUGACCUGGGAGCCCUCCUCUUGCAUUUGCAGCUUCCACUCCCAUCAUUUCCCUUCUCCACCCCCACCUGCCCAUCCGCCCUUUCACCCACCUCUCAGCUCGUUCUGGACGGCUGCCGCCGUUGCUACUGGAUGGCCUGGGAACCCUCCUCUGUCGCACAGACUGCAAUACCCCUGCUCUUCCCGCUUUCCCCCAACCCAUCAGCUCCUUCUGGACGGCUGCCGCCGCUGCUACUGGAUGACCUGGGAGCCCUCCUCUGUGCGCCUCUGCACUGCCAGCUGGAGCCCUACUACCCGCCAGGCUGCAGAAGUGAAGGGAGAAAGGGUGAAGGCAGGAGAAGCAGAAGGAGGAGGAGUGGGAGCACUGGUGACGGGAGGGUCAGGAGAAGCGGGAGGGGCAGGGAGUGGGGAAUGGAGGAGGGAGGAGAUGCAGGAGGAGCGGAUGGGGCUGAUGGGGGAGGUGAAUGGCAUGGUGAAUGCGGUGAUGGGGGCGCUGGAGAAGCUGGUGUGUGCUGGCGUGGGGCUCGAUGUGAUGGGCGCAGACAUGCGCGCACUUGUCUCCUUUGCCCUCUAUUGCCCUCAGGCCAACCAGCUGGUGUGUGCUGGCGUGGGGCUGGAUGUCAUGGGGGCAGACAUGCGCGCUCUCGUCUCCUUUGCGCUGCAGUGCCCUCAGGCCAACCAGGUGGCACGGGUGCUGCUGCUGCUGCUCUACCGCCUCAUGUCUCAGCCCAACAGCAGCAGACCAUCAGCCUUCGUGGUGCAAGUACUUGCAUCAGGCGGAGCAGAGAUGCUCCUGGCCCAACAGCAGCAGCAGCAGCAGGGACUUAUUCAACCUUAUCCUCGUCUGCUCUCUCCUCCCUUCCCUUUCAUUCCAGGUGGCACGGGUGCUGCUGCUGCUAUACCGACUCAUGUCUCAGCCCAACAGCAGCAGAGCAUCAGCCUUUAUGGUGCAGUUCCUUGCAUCAGGCGGAGCAGAAAUGCUCCUGGCGCUGCUGCUGCGGGAGACCCAGUUGGCUCGAUUGACGAUAAGAAAACUGGGGCAGAGAAACCGGACUCGGCAGUAGGCAAAGUGGGUGGCGAGAGAGGCUCAAAGGCAGCAGCAGGAGCAGCAGGAGGAGCAGGGGCAGCGGGAACAGGAAGCAGGAGAAGCUCUAGUGGGCUUUCGCAUGAAUCAGCAAGUGGGGAGCAGUCAGGAGUGGGCAAAGAGCAGGAGAGAGGAUCGGAGGAGGGCGAGGAGGAGGAUGGGGAGGAGGGCACUAGGAGGGGAGUAGCGGAGGUGGCAGCAGUGGUGGCGAGGCUAAGGGCGAAGCAGGUGUAUGAGGACGACGCGGAGGAGAGUGCGGUGCAGGUGACAAAGGAAGGGAUGGCCGUGCUUGCUCCCUGGGUGUGUGUGUCUGUGCCUCGCUUGGCCCGGACUGGCCCUGCGUCUGGUUCUUCCUCUGUGAAAUCUGCCUCCAGUCAUGCGAGCGGCGGUGCCGGUGCUGGUGCUGCUGCUGUGGCGGCGGCGGCUGCUGCUGUUGCGAAAGUUGCAAGUAGGGAUGGGGGAGGCGGCAGCAGGGGUAUUGGCGCCAGCAGCAGUGCGGGUAGCAGUGGCACAGUUGGGUUGGGAGCGGUGGUGACGGAGAGGGCAGGGAAGGACCGCAGUAAUGUGGGUGCGUGGGCGGUGUAUGGGGUGCAGAGGGCGCUGCAGGUGGCGCCUGGGAGGCUGUUCACGCCUGCUGUGUACCAUGCUCUCAUGACUGCUGUGCUGCGAUGCAAGGCCGUCGAUUCUCCCUCCGCCCUCCUCCCCCCGUCCACCUUCAUAGCGCCCUGGGAGCAGCAGCUGCUACUAGCGCUCCUCCGCGCGCUGCCCUCUGCCGCGCCGCACACUCAGCUCGCAGUGCUCCAGGACCUGCUGCUGCUGCUCUCCCUCAACCCCGCCAACACACGCCUCCUCACCCACUCCCCUGAGUGGCCUGAGUGGCUGCUCGAGAUCCUGCUGGCAAACCUCGAGUGGCCCGAGUGGCUGCUCGAGAUCCUGCUGGCAAACCUCGAGUGGCCCGAGUGGCUGCUCGAGAUCCUGCUGGCAAACCUCGAGUGGCCCGAGUGGCUGCUCGAGAUCCUGCUGGCAAACCUCGAGGUAAGGGAUAGCUUGCAGUGCUGCAGGACCCACUCCCCUGAGUGGCCCGAGUGGCUGCUCGAGAUUCUCCUCUCAAGCCUUGAGGCCUUGCCUGCAACAGGCUCCCUCCAACCCACAGCAACGCAAGUCGAUGAGAAGGAGAGCACUGGAGGUGGCAGCAAUGGGGACUCGCGUGCAGUGCGCAGCAGCACAAGCGUGCAGGAGGAUGUGAAUGAGCUCAUCUUCAGCUUCCUGGGAAUAGUUUUUGAGCACUGCUUGACAGUCAAGCAGGGGUGGAAGGUCCUGGAGGCCUCCUUUCAGUGCCUGCUGUGGAAGGCACUCAUUGGGGGAAGCAGCGUGGGAGAGCAGCUAAAAAGGAGGCAAGCAGCAAUGGUAACCAUCCAUCGCAGGCUGUUACACGAAGCUCUGGACUUCACCGCCUCGCACCUCCCCGCAAACCCUCCUGCUCCUCCAAACCCCUCUCAACCCCACUCUCUCUCCUCCCCUCCGCCCUCUUCCUCUGCCCUAGACAUGCUCUCUCCACGCUCUUCCACCACCCCUGCUACUGCCGCCUUGCCUACCACUGCCUCUCCUGCUGCUGCUGCUGCUGCUGCUACUGCUGCUGCUGCUGCUGCCCCAACUGCUGCUGCCCCAACUGCUGCUGCUGCUGCUGCUGCCACCUGCCUGUUAGAAAACGCAGUGGCACUGCUGAUGCUGCUGGAAGAGUUUCUACGCAUGCAGGCUGAGAAGAAGAUUAGCGUGGGGGAGGGCGAGGAGGAAGAGGAAGGGGAGGAGGAGAGUGGGGAUGGCCUGGUGGAGGGUCAGAGGGUGGACAGGGAUGGAACAGACCCUCCCACUGCAGAUGCUACAGCUGCUAUAGCCGAUUCGCCUGCUACAGCUGCUGCAGAUUCUGCCUCUAAUGGAUCAGCCUCCCUUAUUUCCCUAGACAGCCCCCAACAAGAGCGGCAGGAGCGGCGGCUACAGACACAUGCAUCGCCAUCAGGCCUCGGGUCAGCAAUAGAGAGGAACCGCAAGAAGCACAAACCAAGGCGGUUCAAAGCCGUCCAAUCUGCCUUAGCUAGCUACGGAUCUAUUGUCCAAUCCCUGCCCGACAGCUGGCGCCGCCGGUCCCGGCUGUGGUUUGGAGAGGGUGUGGGGGAGGAAGGGGAGGAGGCAGUGGGGUGGGGGGGUGAGGGAGGAGGGAAGGGGGGGAAGGGAGGGGAGGCGGGUGGUUGUGAGGAGGGGAGCAGAGCAGAGGUGUCUGCUUUAGAGCGAGUGUUAUUAGAGCUUGCUGAACCUAUAGUGGAGGAUGAGGAGGAGGAUGAGGCAGGGGGAUGGGUAGACCUACGCCUAGUGCUAAAAGGUGUGACUAUACUGAAGGGUAUGCUUCUGGAGAAGGAGGGGGUGGGAGCAGCGGAGUCUGGCGUUUUGGCUGUGCUGGGAGGGGUGGGGGCAGGAAUGAGCGAGGCUCUUAAAGGGAUAUUGGAUGAUGAUCAAUCGCUUGUGACUAUAUUGAGGGUGGUGUUGGUGGCGGCUAGGGAGACGGAUGGGGGGGAGAUGGGUGGGGAGCUGAUCAGGAAAGGAGUGAGGGAGGGGGAGGAAGUCACGGAGAAAGUUCUGAGCUCCUUGCUGUGGAGCCCCACGCCCAUCAUCCAUCCGUAUGGCAUCCACCUGUCCAUGCAAGUUCACUGUUCAACCUCCGUGCAUUUCCCUGCGGCUGUUUUCCCUGUGGCUGUUUUCCCUGUGGCUGUUUUCCCUGUGGCUGUUUUCCCUGUGGCUGUUUUCCCCGUGGCUGUUUUCCCUGUGGCUGUUUUCCCUGUGGCUGUUUUCCCUGUGGCUGUUUUCCCUGUGGCUGUUUUCCCUGUGGCUGUUUUCCCUGUGGCUGUUUUCCCUGUGGCUGUUUUCCCUGUGGCUUUUCCCAACCCCGCUUGUCAGAAUCCUGGCGCCGCUCCUCACCACCUCUCGCCUCGACCAGCGGCAAAACUGCGCUCUCUCCGUCGCUGCAAUUCUGCACACAGAGGUAUGUGCCGAGCACAGAGCUCAUUCCCUCCCCCUCUUCCCCCCCCCCCCCCUCUUUCCCCCCCAACCGGCCAGAUUAUCCACUCAAUCGAUUGCGAUCGCACCAUACUGCGCCCCACCUUCCUCGCCCUCCUCCUCCCCCCCUUCACCGCCCUCCUCCGCAAGUGGCGCCCAUCCCUCCGCUGCCUCCCCCUCCUCUCAGACCACACAGGCGCCUCCCCCCUCUCAGACCUCAACACCCCGGCUCUUGCCACCGACGCCAGCCCUACAGAUGCUGCUCUUGCGUUUCUCUCCCCGGUGUGGGUCGCUGCGUUUGCCUCGCCGCCUGCUGCUGUCUGCCUGGCCGCCACUGCUGCUGCCACAGGCCCUGCUGCUGCUCAUGGCUCGGGUAGGAGCUGGAACAGCAGCAGCAGGAGCGGCGGUGGUGGUAGCGGUGUGGGUGGUGCAUUUUUCGGUGCUGGUGCUGCUGCUGGAAGGAUGGGGCGAGAGAGGAAGCUGGGGCACAUGGAUAGGCUGUACGGGCUGACAGAUGGCAGGCCGGGAGUGGACGGAGUUCCCGAGGCCGCCACGUCAGCGAAGCGGCGGGAGAAGGGGGACAUUCAGAGGUCUGGGCGGUGGAGCCUGUGGGAUUCGCUGGAAGGCGCGUGGGUAGAUGUGAUUGGUCUCAAACACCCUGCUCUCAAGCUCUCUAGUCUCCUGCACUCUUCUCCUGUCAAGGGCAGCAGCAGCGGUGUGAGCAGUAUCAAGGAGUGGGAUGAGGUGGAGAUGCGGUAUAGCAUCUCUCUGGGACCUAAAGUGGGGGGGUUGCAGCUCUACCUCUCGUCUCUGCUCGACCUCCUCGACUCACAGGUCAGUCAGCCUCCCCCAGCAGAGAAUGAGGUAGUAGGAGGACUGCAGCUCUACCUCUCCUCUCUGCACGACCUGCUCGACUCACAGACCCUGCAAGAAGCAAAGCUUCACUCACCCAUUGUCAAGGCUCGGGCGGCAGGAGCGCGCAUGUGGCGCUCUCUCAUUCGCCAGCUGCUCAAGUCUGGGCGGCUGUGUGGCGCUCGGGCAAGCCAUGAGGAAUUCCGCCAAUCACCAGCCGUGUGGCAGCUGGAUCGCAUGGAGACCUCUCUGCGCAUGCGCCGGCGCGUGAAGCCAUGCUUCUCCUCCACAACUGCUACUGCCAGGCUCCUUGUUUCCGGUCCCCACGGGGCCAUAAGGGGUGCUGCUGUAGCUGCAGAAGAUGCUGCUGCAGACGCCGGGUCCGAUGCUGCUGCUGGAGCAGCAGCAGCCACAGCUGAAGCCACAGAAACGAGUGCUGCAGCAGUGGAGGAGGCAGUGCAGCGGCUUGGGGGAGCCCUGCCUGCGCCUCUUGGGGGCUUCAUGAGGGGUGGUGGUGGGAAGGGGGAGAAGGAGGGGGUAGCGGAGGGGGAAGGGGAGAAAGAGCAGGUAAAGGGAGACGAGGAGGAAGGAGGGAAGGGAGGAGGGGAGGGAGGAGGAGAGGGAGGAGGAGAGGGAGCUGGGAAGGAGGAGGGAGGCGAGGAGGGAGGGGUAGGGAGAGGUGACGUGGGUGGGGGAGACGGAGCUACAGCAGGGGCUGUUGCUGAGAGGGAAGUGCUUGGGAGUGUAGUAGCAGGAGAGGAUGUAAGGAGGAAAGAGGUGGGAGAUGGUGUUGAGGGUGGUGGUGUGGAAGGGGGUGCGAGUGGAGGGAAGAAGCAUAAGCCAAGUGGAUCGUCCAGUGGUGGGAAGAAGAGAGCGAAACCGGGCGGCGUGGAGUGGACGCUAGUGGCGGAUGUGGACGGCGAAGAGGUGCUGGCUGACGUGGCAGCAAUGAUGGUACAGCCGCUGCGAACAGUGAAGGGGCGGCUGGUGGUUACCACCACUCGCCUCUGGUUCCACGUGGACCCCUCUGUGCCCUUCCGAGAGAGAGGGGGCGGAGGACAGGGAGAGAAGGGAGAGAAGAGUGAGAAGGGAGAGAAGAGUGAGGUGGGCGGAGGAAAGGAGGACGGUGGACAGGAGGAUGAGGCGAAAAGCAAUCAGGAGGCUUCGGUUUCGAGUAGCAGCGGCGGCAAAGAGGGGAAGGUGGGCAGCAGCGAAGGAGCGACAGGAGGAGAUGGGACUGCGCGUGGGAGCAUGGGCGAUCGCGUGUGGCGGCUCUCAUCUGUCCGCGAAGUGCUGACUCGACGCUACCUUCUGCGUCGCUCUGCCCUGGAGAUAUUCAUGAUAGACCGGUCCAACUUCUUCUUUGCCUUUGAGGGGGCCGAGGAGCGCAAGAGAGUGCACCGCGCCAUCGAGAGGGCCCACCCGCCGCACUUCCAGCACCUCUUCUCUGCAUCUCAGCGACCGGAGACCAUUCUGGAGAAGCUUCAGCUCACCAAGAAAUGGGUCAACAGAGAAAUCACCAACUUUGAGUACCUCAUGCACCUCAACACUCUCGCCGGGCGAUCCUUCAACGAUGUCACUCAGUACCCCGUCUUCCCGUGGGUAAUUCAGGAUUAUACCUCCAAGGAGCUCGAUCUCACCAAGACAGCCACAUUCCGCGACCUCUCAAAGCCCAUGGGAGCGUUGACUCAGCCGCGCCUGGCAAAGAUAACCGAGCGCUACGAGUCAUUUGACGAUCCGGUCAUUCCCAAGUUCCACCACGGCACGCACUACUCCAGCGCUGCAAUUGCCUCCCACUAUCUGGUGCGUCUGGAGCCCUUCACCUCUCUCGCUGUAUCUCUCCAGGGCGGCAAACUGGACCACCCCGACCGGCUAUUCAGGGAUGUGGCGAGCACGUGGAGGGGGGUUACGACCGACAUGGCCGAUGUGAAGGAGCUGAUCCCCGAGUGGUUCUGCCUGCCAGAGAUGUUUCAGAACGUCAACGGGAUCCCUUUAGGCUCAACACAGCAAGGGGAGGAGAUCGGGGAUGUGGUGCUGCCGCCCUGGGCUGACAGCUCGGUUGAUUUUGUGCACAAGCAGCGGGCGGCACUGGAGAGCGAAUACGUCAGCAGCAACCUGCACCAUUGGAUCGACCUCAUCUUCGGGUACAAGCAGACAGGGCAAGAGGCAGUGAAGGCGCACAACGUGUUCUUCUAUGUGACCUACGAGGGCGCUGUUGAUAUUGACUCGGUUCACGACCCUGUCACUCGGCAGGGCCUGCAGGAUCAGAUCAAGUACUUCGGCCAAACGCCCUCACACCUCUUCACCGCUCCUCACCCCAAGCGCAUCCCUCUCGACCAAGCCCUACACCUGCAUACCAUAUUCCGCAAGCCCAACGAGAUUCUCCCCUACGUGCUGCCCCGCCCCGAGACCCUCAAUGUGCCGGCCGCCCGGCUGCACGCCACGUCAGACGCAAUCAUCACCGUCGAUCACAACGUGCCAGCCUGUCACAUCGCCGUCCACCAAUGGCAGCCCAACACGCCGGACGGCCACGGUUGGCCUUUUCUGUUCCAGCCCGGGCGGGCGUCGCUUUCGGGCGGCGCACUCCUCCGCAUGCUGAAAAGCUCCGCCCCGGGGUUUGGCGCGGGCGGCAUAGUGGCCGGACUAGGUAUGGGAAUAGGGGGAAGCGGUUUCGGAGGUUCGGUUGGGACAGGCGGAGGGUUGGGGGGAGCUGGUUCGGGAGGAGGGGGAGUAGGAGGAGGAGGAGCAGGGGGAGCAGGAGCAGGAGGGGGAGGAGGAGGAGGAGGAGGAGGGAUGGUCUCGGAGACGUCGAUUUACCCGCGGCUGCUGGCUCUCCCUGCGAGGGGCAUCCGCCGCCCGAAAGAGCUCAUGGCAAUCACGCCGGAUGGCAAGAAUCUGAUCACGGGAGGCCAUGCGGACUGUUGUGUGAAGCUAAUCUCAGUGGAUACCACCCGCGUGGUUGAAUCAGCACUGGUGCAUACCGCUCCUGUGACCUCCCUGAGCCUAUCCCCUGAAGGGGCGACGCUGGUUACAGGAGCAGCGGACGGGACGGUGAUGCUGUGGCAUGUGAACAGCUCGGCUUCGCUUGCUGCUGCUGCUUCGAGCCUCGCUGCCAGCAUGCUGGGGACGCCAGACAGCACCGUUUCUUCUCAGGGGUUCACUGGAGGGCCGCAUGAUCCCGGCCUUGUGUCGUCGCCUGAAGCAGCGAGUAGGAGGGAGGAGGACGAGGAGGAAGAGGAAGAGGAGAGGGAGAAGGAGGAGCGGAGGAGGCGAGGUAGCCGCAGCAGCGAUUCUCCUGCUGGCUCUACUCUCGCUGGUAGGAUGUUAUCUGGGCUCGCUGCUUCUAGUCUCGCUGCCGGCCGAGCGUCUAUAGAGCAAGUCAAGAAAAAGCUGAGGAGACUAGAGGGUCCCGUGCAUGUGCUGAGAGGGCAUACAGAUGAGGUGGUAUGCUGUGCCGUUUCCUCAGACCUAGAUAUUGCCGCCUCGUCUUCGCUCUCCUCAGGUGUUCUUCUGCACUCGAUUAUGCGCGGAAAGUUUCUCCGCGCCCUGCCCGGGGUCGCCCGGGCAGACGUGCUCGCGAUUUCCCCCGAGGGGCUGGUGGUGGUGUGGGAAUUAGCUAAGCGCGCGCUAAGAGUUUUUACGAUUAAUGCUGAGCCGGUGGCGGCUGUGGGGGUUCCGGAGGAGGAUGGGGAUGUGAGUGCGGUGCAGAUCUCUGCAGAUGGGUUGUAUGUGGUG